AUGGACGAUUAUUCGCUGGAAAAUAUCGAUCUUCCUGCAAUUUUACCGUCAGAAAAUCCCGAAGAAGAAGUUAGCGGAAAUCAACCUGGCCACAGUAGUCAGACUGCAAAAAAAGUACAAAAAGAGGAGGAAUAUUAUGAAGAAGCACAAAGUUCGUCGAAUUUGGUUGAGAGCAAAAAUAAGCCGGUGGUUUUGGAAAAAUGCCGGAUUUGUGGUGGAAAAGCUUUUGGUUAUAAUUAUGAGGUGAGGGAGUUUUUGCCACGUGGGAUUUCCUAACAACCUUAUUCUUACCCUAAAACCCUAAUAUAUUUAGGUUCUCUCCUGCAACGCUUGCAAAAUGUUUUUUCGUCGAGUAAUCGUGGAUAAAUUGAAUUAUGUUUGCAAAUCGAAAAAUCAAUGUUUUAGCGAAAAUACUUCAGGUACUUAACUUUCGAAAAAAAUCCCCCAAAAACCAUUCUCAUCUAGAUUCCCGCCCAAAAUGCCGUGCUUGUCGAUUUCAAAAAUGCGUGAGUGUUGGAAUGAAAUACUCGGCUCCCGGAAAACCCGCAACUCUCUCUAUAACCGCCUCAAAAAUCGAUAGUAAAGAUAAAGUGGAAAUGUUGCCGAAACUAUUGGAAUCACUUCUACACCUACAUUCACAUAAGGAUUUCAUGUUUUCGAAUAUUUGGACAGAUGAUGAUCCGUCUCUUUGGGAUUUGUUGAAGAAGAGUAAUAAGGGAUUUAGUGCGCCGCUUAAUGUAAAUGAACUAAGUACUUAGUUUUGACACUCAAACCGUUCUGUUUUUGCAGAAAGAUAAGAAAGAGAUUGCAAUGACACAAUGGUCAUUUUUUGGAAUCUACACAGCUGUCGAAAUGCUAGACAUUUUCAAUUUCCUCGAUGAUUUAUCGAUUGAGGAUAAAUUUGUAUUGAUUCAAAAUUUUGGAAUGAAAGCUUCCUUGUAUACAAGAGGUUUUGCGUGUUCUCAAUUGAAAUAUGAUCGAUUAAUCAAUCCGAAUGGAACAGAUUGUUAUCCGGAUUCGGUUUUACAGUGAGUUUCUUCGAAUUGUUUAUCCAAAGGAUUUCUAGCCCUAACAAUUUUCAGAAUUCCCGUGUUCACCGAAAAAUUUCUGAAUCGCAUUCGACGGGGAUUAGUGCAAAAAAUUAAUAAUACCAAUGUGACGCCAGAGGAAUAUAUUUUAACACUUAUUGUUUUCUUUUUGAAUCCAGGUGAGAUAUAUUUUCAAAGCAUUUUUUUCAAAUUUUCCCAAAAUACUCACCACUUCCUACAGCUCUCCAAGAUCUCUCAACUUCGGGUCGAUGCCAAAUCUCAACUCUUCAAAUGCAAUUCUCCGAUCUCCUUCUUCGUCAUUGUCUUCAGAAACAUCAACGAAAUGGUCCGGCUCGAUUCAACGAGCUUCUUUCAUUGGGCAAUGUUCUCAAUCAGCAAAUUGAGGAUGUCAGUUAUUUGUGCAUGAUUUUCGGGAUGUAUGCACCAGCUACACCCUUUAAAAAACUAUUUCAUGACACUAUACAGUUUAAUUGAUUACAUAGUUAGUUAAUUAAUAUAUGAGAAUGUAAUUAAAUGUGAAUAAAUGUUUAUUGACUUUUUUGCGAAAACAAAAAUAAAACAACGACACUCCGCUUGAUGGCAGCCCGCUGAAUUCAAAUGUUGUUUUUUUUUCGUUCUUUUUUUUUCGCUGCGAAAAAUUAAAUACGUAAAACGUGAAAACCUGUGUUUCAAAAAACAUGGCUUGUCAUUUUUCAAGAAAAGUAGCCAAAGAAAAUGUCGCUAAAAAUUCUAGUCUUCCUAUUUUUCUGUUUUUCUGCAAGUUUUUGCUUUUCGCAAAAAUAUUCUUGGCAAGGUUGUGAUUCAAAUAGAAAAGAACCGCCUAAAUGUGAAAUGUGAGCGAUUCUUUAGCUUUUUUGCUGGCAAUAAAUAAAAAAAUUGAUUCGUUUAUUUUUCAGGUUCAAAAAACCGCCGUUAAUAAUCCUGAGCUUUGAUGGUUUUGCCGCCGAAUAUCUGAAAUUCAACAUUGUAAAAUCACUGGAUUAUAUAGCAAAAUGCGGUGCAACAACCGAUCGAAUGUAUCCAGUUUAUCCAUCAAAAACCUUCCCAAAUCAUUAUUCAAUCGCAACCGGUUUACAUCCACAAAACCACGGAAUCGUCGAUAAUUCAGUUUACGACAAAGAAAUCGAUCAAUUUGUCAGAGUUAAUAAUGCUUCAUCGAAAAAAUAUUAUGGUGGUGAACCGCUUUGGGUCAAAUACAAGCGAACUGUGCAAAACGCAUCAAAAGUGAAUAUUUUAACAUGGCCCGGUUCCGAAAUGAAUAUAUCACAAGAAUUUCCAAUCGAUAAAUAUGAGAUAUAUGAUAUGAAUCGAAGUUUGAAAUCGAAAUUUGAGGAGAUUUUUGAGAUAUUGAAAAGUGGAAAUAGUGGAUUGAUAAUGUCGUAUUAUCCGGAACCUGAUGGAAUUGGACAUCGAGGAAUGAAGGAUAAAACGAAGAUAAAGGAGGUUCUGCAGAAAAUCGAUAAGGAUUUGGAUUUUUUCAUUGGGAGAUUGAAGAGAGCGGGAUUUUUGGAUUGUCUGAAUUUGGUGAUUGUUUCUGAUCAUGGUGAGUUAGUUUGGUGGAAAUAAAAGAGUGAGGAACCUUUUUUUCCUGCUGUAAACGCGCUCCGAGACCAAAAAAUCAAGGCUUCAGGUGUCUCGAUUCGACUCUCUAUGAGAAAUCGCUUCAAGACCCAUUUUUUGAUGACUUUUUCUAGUCUUGAAAUGAUUUUCUAGCUUUCUACGUCACAAUUCACGUCUUUUUCGAUAAAAAAUUGAUUUUAGCACCAAAAAUAUAAAAUCCUCACAAUUUUCAGGAAUGCAACUCCUCUACAACAAAAUCCAAGUGAACUCAAAACUGUCAGGCAUAGAUUUGAGCAAUGUUCAAAUCAAGGAUAAUCUUCUCGGAUCGAUUCAUUGGAAACGCCCGGAUGAAUAUCAGGAAGAGGAGAUUUUCGAAAGAUUGGCUUGUGAAAUGGAUAAUCUGCGAGUCUAUAAUCGAAAAACCAUGCCGGUUCGAAAACAUUUCACAAAUCAUUCAAGAAUUGGAGAAAUUGUCAUUGAAGGCAGCCCGGGCAUCACAUUCGCAUCGAAAUCUUCGAAAAAACAAGGAGAUCAUGGUUAUGAUUUCAACCGGAAAAAUAUGCAUGCCAUAUUUUUUGCAAGAGGUCCUGGAAUCAAAAAGGGAACUCGAAUUCAACCAUUUCAAAAUGUGGAAUUGAUGAAUUUAUUUAUCGAUUUGCUCGAGAUUCCGAAGGAGGAGAAAUUGAAAAAUGAUGGGAAUUCGGGAUUUUUUGAUGGGAUUUUGGUGAAACCAAGGAAGGAACUGAUCGAAUUAAAGGAACAUAUUAGGUGAGGUGAAAUUUUUAUGGAGGAAGGAAAAAGUAUUGAACUUUGACGUACUCAUACUCUGAAAACAGGUGAAAUUUCAUUAUAGUUUUCAUCCGCGAAAUUAUUUAUUUAUUUCCAUAUUUUAAAUGAGUCUGGAAAAUAUAACUUAUGAAAAUCCAAUUUGGAUAAUAAUUUGGUAUCAUAUCAUAGCAAUUAUCUCAUUAAUUAUCAAUAGUUUUGGAAUUUAUUUGAUAAUUUUCAAGAGUUUGAAAAUUGGAAAUUAUCGAUAUUAUCUAUUGGCUUUUCAAAUUUCCUCGAUUUUUGUUGAUAUCAUUUUUACUCUUGGUUGCCAGUUUGUUUUUACUCUACCGAUUUGGUCAUUCAUAACUUCGAGUGCAUAUUUUUGGAAACUUUUCGGGUUGACAGCUUUUCAGUCAGCGGUUAGUUUAAUUCCAAAGAGAGCCAAAAGGUUUGCUUGUAAUCAGUUUAUUUCAGAAAUUACUGGUAUUUUUCCUUUUUGCUCAAAUUUGUGUCAUAGCCAACCAGUUUUUUGAAAAACAUCAAGCUGUUAUGCAACUCGCAAAUAACACUCGAUUCAUUUUCAAACCUACCAUCAAACUAUUCAUCAAUUUUGUUCUAAUUACCAUCGGCAUAACGGUAUUUAUUAUGUUUUUGUCCUGCGAAAAUUCACGAGAAAAAUCACUAGAAAUAAUCAAACAAAAAUAUCCAAGUGUUCAUUUGAAAUUCGAAAAAAUCGAAACUUUUGUGUUUUUUGAGAAUAUUCCAAUGGUGAUAUAUUUAAUUUUUAGUGCAAUAAUUAUUGGUUUAAUAGCUUCAUCUAUUGCAUUCGCCUUAAGUUAUCACAUGUUGUCAACAUUUUGGAGAAUAAUGGGAAAUUUGUCGAUAUCUACAAUGGAUCAAUUCAUCUGAAGAAAAAAUGAAUUUCGCGACAUUUUUUGUCGCGAAAUUGCAAUUCGCGAAACGACACGAAAUUAAUAAAAUAAAAGAGGAAAUUCUUUUUUCGUGUGUUGGGUCUCGCAGCGAUUACGUGUCCCUUUAAUAUUUCUCCUUUAUUUUUGUGUUUAUUUUGUGUCGUUUCACGAAUUGCAAUUUCGCGACAAAAAAUGUCGCGAAAUUCAUUUUUUCUUCAAAUGAAUUGAUCCACAAGAAAAAUUCAUCAAAAUUCGAUUGUUAGUCUUUUUGCGCAGGUAUUUUAUCGAAAAAUAGGGUGUGUUCCAAAAAUAAUCCUUGUUAAGGCUAUAACUUGUUCUCUCAUGAUUAUUCCGUGUUUUUCAUUUUUUUUACGAUGUAUUUUUUGAAUUCACAAAUCAGAAUUAUGUAUUUUAUCACGAGUUAAUAUUCAGUUGUCAUUCGAGUAUUAAUUGUAUUGUUAUGAUUUUAACUGUCAAAGAAUAUCGCAGUUUUGUCCAAAGUUUGGUUAUUGUUCCAAAUGUUGUUCGAACGGAAGUUGCUAAAAAUAGUUUUAGAAUUCUGUGAAUUUAUUGAAUAUUUCACCUGUUUUUAAAUGUCUCAACUCAAAGUUCAAAAAACUGUGUUUUGACUUCAUUUUUUGUAGACAAUAAAGCAUUAGAUACCGUAUUCUGUGCAGUUCGAAAACAAUUCAUAUUAUCGAAAAUCUCAUCGGUACCACGCGCUCCAUCGAAAUAAACACGCAACGCAGACCGCGUCGCGCCACAACACACACAAAUGUGAUUUAAAUAAGGGAACGAUUCAAAUUCCCUUCCUUUUUUGUGUGUGUGUUGUGGCGCGGCGCGGUCUGCGUUGCGUGUUUAUUUCGGUGGAGCGCGUGGUUUUUCUCGAGCUCAUUUCCAUGUAAAAAUUCAUCUCCCAGAACUAAUUUUCCAAAUUUUUCAGAGAAUGCGAAAUGCUUUCCGACACUCAAAAACCAAAAUCUUGUGGAAAAUCGAAAACCCAACCAAUUCUGAAAUGUAGCAAAACUGGCCAACGACUUCCAUUUGUCCCUUUGAAUUCCGUAAAUUCCAACAAUUUUUGCUAUGAAAGUUAUUGUCAAGAUAAUAUUGUGAAACACGCGAAUUUUACGAAAGUUUUGACUGUUUUUGAGGGUAUGACGUCACAGAAAUCUGGAUUUAACAAUGGAGAGGAUUUGAGAUUCUAUGAUGAAAAUUAUGCCAGGAAUAAGGAGGAAAAAUGUGAAUAUUUGAAGAAUUUGAAGAGUAUUAGUGUGAGAAAGACUUUGGCUGAUACAUAUUUUGAGCUUCCUGAUGGUUUUGUUGAAAGUGAGUUUUUUGGGGAAGAUUUUGCCACGUCAACUCGCCUAUGACGUGACAAAAGUUGAAUUUUCUACAAGUCUCAUCUUCAAAACCCCUCUUUUUUCCAGAAAUCCUCAUUCCACUCGAUAAAUUGACUGAAAAAUAUUUGAAUUCCUACCAAACCCUAUUUAUAAUAAGUGGAACUACAAUUGAUUCAAAUUAUGAUGGAAAAAUGGAUGAUUCAAGUGAAAUUGCAGAUAAAAAUAAAAAUCCUACACAUUUCUAUCGAAUAAUUUUAUCAUGUUCAAAAAAUGGUUGGAAAUCAAUAAAUCCGCCCAGAUGUAAAAAUCCUGAAGAAAUGAAAAGUUUGAGUUUUAUAUUUCCAAUAAUUCAACCAAAAUCAUGGAGUUGUAUGGAUUCAAAUGACAUUUUUAUUGAUUAUUUGGCACAAAUUUUGGAUAUUGAAAAAAUAAGUGGAAUGAAAUUGCAAAUUGAAGGAGCGACAAAUCAACAGAAUUUGAUGAUUAGACAUCGAAUUAAUUUGAAAUUGUGGAAUGGGAAGAGAAACAAGAGAAAUGGCGCGGGAGUUUUGGAUUUUUCGAUGGUUUUGGUGUGCAUUUUGGCGACGAUUUUGGGAUGA